AUGAAAGGAAAGUAUACAGAAAUAAUACGUAUUGAACGAAUUCAAAAUGAACGAUGGUAUAGGCAAUACAUCGCACACUAUGAAGAUUUCUUACGACGUCUUAAUGAGGAUACCGAAAAACGCUUAUAUCAUGGAUGUCCUGAACAAGCUGCUAGUUUAAUUAUGGAAGAUUGUUUUAAUAGAAGUUUUGCCGGAGUCAAUGGAACUGUUUAUGGUUUUGGUGUUUAUUUUUCAUCAAAUGCAUCUUAUAGUCAUGGAUAUACGCGUCCGAAUGCAAAUGGAGAACGAUGCAUGUUUAUGGCACGAGUUUUGGUAGGAAAAACUACGAAAGGAAAUAGUUCGAUGAAAACUCGACCACUUGGAUUCGAUUCUACCACUGAUGAGAAGCAUAUUUUCGUCACUUAUCAUGAUGCUCAAGCCUUUGCCGAAUAUCUGAUUACAUACAAGUAA